CUUCCUGUUAGAUCCGUAAUGACAGCAGUUUCCUGCAGGCUGCUUUCAGUUCAUCACUGUGCUUGUCUGGAGUCAUGAGCGCCUCUUCGCUGGUUCAGAGGUUAGCAGGCAUUUCUGGAGCUCUUGCAGUCGCUGCAGGUGCAUAUGGAGCGCACGGCUUCAGACGCAGUGAAGCGAGUGAUUACCAGAAAGAGUUGUAUGAUACAGCAAACAAGUACCAUAUCUAUCACAGUUUGGCGUUGAUAGGAGCUGCUCGGUGCAGAAAACCUGCUCUGGCAGGUGCAAUUCUCAUUGCCGGCAUGGGCUGCUUCUGUGGUCCUUUGUACCACCAGGCUUUAACAAAUGACCCCAGCUUCAGUAAGCUGGCACCCAUCGGGGGAACACUACUCAUUGUUGGCUGGGCUGCAAUGGCUCUUUGAACUUUAACAUCUUCAUCUGACAGUCCGUGACUUUUUGACUCCAGCAUUUUCAGAAAAGUUUGUCAUUUAAACCAUAAAAGAAGAGAUUUGGAGCGGCUAAAGGAGGGAAGGGUGGAGAAAUCCACUGCUUAUCUAAACUUUUCUUAAUCAUGUCUGGAAAGUAAUGAUAAGGCUUUGGGAUCAAAUAUCUUUUUUUUCACAUUGUGAGUGAAAGUGAGUGUGUAUGUACAUACUUUUUCUUUUUUUUGAAAAAAUAAAGCUGUCUUAGAUGUUGA